AUGCAAUAAGAGAGAUACUUUUUAGAACUAAAUUAAUAGGGAGAGAUUGAAGGUAGUCAUGAUAAGGCCAUCUAUGCACGUCAAAAUUAGAUAGUAAGAAUCUUUGUUCGCAAUCGCAAAUAAGGUUAUCAUCCGUACUUGAUCAUGUAAAAAGGGUACAAGCAUGUACAUGAGAUGGAGAAUUUAACUCUGAAACAAAUACAACUGCAUCAUGAGGUUAAGGCGUUUACUCUCGAUUCGUCUGGGGAUUGGAAGGUGGAUGUUGAGUUUGCAUUGGCUGGGGCAGCUUAUUUGAGAUUGUGUUGGUUUUUCGCCUAAGACAAUUCUGUAGAGUAUUGGGAGUGGAGAAUCAUAUAAUUGUUUAACCAAAUGAUGUGGAGAAGCUCUAAGAUGUAACUAUAUAAACAUUGCUACCAUACUGUUUGGUAAAUUCGUUCUCAAGUCGAUUUGGGUUAUGAAGCAUUUCAUUUUCCGCCUAUUUAGCAAUUGGGUCAAUCACCCAGUUUAUAUGCAAUAGCCGAUUAACAGAAAUUGAAUACUGAUAUUUUUGGGAUUCACACUUAUGAUGAUUUAAAAUAACUCUUUGAUAAAUUUCCAAAUUCAUACUUUUUUAUAGAUAUCUUGUUAAAUCAUACAGCAUUUGAUUCGAGUUGGUUAGUGCAAUCAGAAUUUGAGAAUGCGACUUAUAAUGUGAAGAAUUCCCCUCAUUUAGAGGCAGCCAUAAAAUUAGAUUGUGCCAUAGCUGAAUUUAGUAAUAAGUUAGGAUCUGGAUUGUUGACUCAGUAUCCAAGGAAUACUAUUUAUAAUGAGGAGGAUCUUAAUCAAAUAAUGGACAUAUUGGAACAUGAGUACAUAAGGAAAUUGAAUAUUCAUGGAUAUUUUUAGUUCAAUACGAAUGCAGUGAUCAAUGAAAUACAGAGUAGAUGCAAUAAGAUAGUUUAAAGCAAGAGUGAAUAAUUGGAGGAGAACCAGAACAUCUUCAUCAAGAGUGCAAGUGAAAUUAUGUUGCAGUUGGUAGGAUAGGAGACAAUCCUGAAAGGGUAUAAAGAGUAUGGAGUGUCUUUAAAUUACGAUGUGAUAGUUGAAUUUCUAAAUAAGGAUGAGAAUUACAAGAAGGUGUCGUUGGAAUACAUUCAAGAAUUGUUGCAAUAUUACAAUCAUCAAUACUGGAAUGAAGCUGAGUCCUACAUCAAGGAGGCUGUGAAUUCAACAAAAGGGUAGGUCACAUGGUGGAAGUUGACACAGAAGAAGCCCUUUGUGGAAGUAAAUGACAAGGGAGACUCCUUGGUUCCCAGAUACUUCACUAAAUUAAGCAAUGGGAGUUAUGUGGCAAAUAAUGGAUGGAUUUAAGGCUUUGAUCCUUUGAAUAAUUUUGCAGAGAAUCAGGAACACCAUUAUUUGAGAAGGACAAUUGUGAUUUGGGGUGAUUUGGUGAAACUCAGAUAUGGACACAAGAAAUAGGAUAGCCCAGCAUUGUGGAAAUACAUGAAGAAAUAUGUUCAAUAGAUGGCCAAGAUAUUCUCAGGGUUGAGAUUGGAUAAUGCCCAUUCAACACCCAUGAAUGUAGGAGAGUAUAUGAUGAGGAAGGCAAGGAAGGCUAAUCCCAAUAUCUUAGUGUUUGCUGAGUUGUUUACUGGAUCAUCAGAGAAAGAUUCAAUCUUUACUAAAACUAUGGGAAUCAACUGUUUGGUUAGGGAAACUAACAGAUGUCAUGAUGCUGGUCAUCUGAAUAGAGAAUUGCAUUACUAUAGUGGAGAUGGACGAGUAUCAAUUGGAUCUUUACCCAAAUUGCAAGAGCAAUUCGAAUCAAUUAAUGAAAGCUUCACUAUCCUCUAACCUUAGUAUAGUCCUGCUCUGAUUUAUGAGUAAUCUCAUGAUAAUUAGUCAUUGCUCUAAACUCACGAUUACAAACAUCAAUUGCCAAUAGCUGCCUUAAUUACUUUUAGUAGUUGUAUGGGUGGAUCUGUUAGGGGAUAUGAUUGUUUCUUGCCACAUAAGUUAUCAGUUGUAGGCGAGAGAAGAAUCUACAAUGUUGUUGCUCCAACAGAACAAGUAAGUGUUGAAAGACAGUCAGAGAUAGCAUUUCGAUAUGAUGGAUUACCAGAUUAAUAGGUUGAAGUGUUUGGAUCAUGGGAUGACUGGAAAGAAGGCUUACUUUUGAUUGCCCAUAAGAACACUUACAUUCAUACUCUAAUGUUGAAUGAAGGAUAAUAUGAAUACAAAUAUAAAGUCAACUCCAAUUGGAUUGACCACACUAAUAGGAAACUAAUAGUAGAACCUAAUCCAACCAAAUCUCAUUCAACAAUGGAAUUGAUUAGACUCAAAUUACAUUAGAUAAAAAAGGAACUGAACCACUAGUUCCCUUUUAUCUUCUGUUAACAUCAAGGCAACACCAUUCAAACCAUCACCAGAGAAACUCAAGACAAAUGUAGAUCCAAGGUUUUGAUUACUGUUCCUUCUUUUGGAGUUCCAAAUCCAUUUAGUACAAUCAAAUUACCUGGAAAACUCGUCAAAGUAGAUGCUAUCUUCUAUCAUGAAGACUUUAUACAACAUCCUGAAUAAAACAAUCAAUUCAUAGAGGGAUCGACAGUCAAAAUUAUUUAACAUCGAAAUCUGCGAGAGUUUGCUGAAAUCCAAGGCAAUGAAUUAAUGUUCAUUAAAUUGCCUUCUUCAUUUACAGCCAUCAUUGAAUGCCAAAUUGACUCUGAAUAAGAGAAACAUUUGUAAUCCCUAGACACUCACUUGAAUGAUGCAUCCUAAUAAGUACAUUUCAAUGCAUUGAGUUCUUAUUAACUAAAUUACUUACUCUUUAUGUCUGAACCUGAAGAGAGAGACAAAAAUAAUACAGGAUUGUAUUUUAUUCCUAAUUACAGACAACUUAUUUAUGCUGGCUUUGCUGGUCCUCGUUCUGCCACAAGAGAAGCAUAAACAAACAACAAUUUGGCACAUCCCAUCUGUGAAAAUCUGAGAAAUGGAAAUUGGUUAUUGGACUAUUUAAAUGAUAGAGUACAACGAUAACUUGGAUAAUUGGAAGUAUCUAAAUUAGUAAAUGUCAUCACUCAAUAAAUCAAAGGUAUCCCUCGCCAUCAUAUCCCUUCCUAUUUCUGUAAAUUUGUUGAUUACAUCUACAACUAUUGUAUGCUCUCCAUAGCUAAUCUCUAAACAUCAUAAUUCAGAAGAGAGUUAAAACUAGCUUCGUAUCAAUUUAUUGCAGAGUUGCCUUCAUCUAAAUAGAUGGCAGCUGGAUUACCCCAUUUUACUACUGGUUGGGCCAGAUCAUGGGGCAGAGACACUUUCAUAUCCUUUAAGGGAAUAUAUCUAGAAAAUGGAUUACUGGCUGAAGCAAAAGAUGCUCUGUUAACUUUUGGUUCUUGUUUAAGACACGGACUCAUUCCCAACUUAUUAGAUUCUUGCAAUAAUCCAAGGUAUAAUUGCAGAGAUGCUUGUUGGUGGUACAUUAAGGCAGUCAAAGAUUAUGUGUAAUAUGCUGGAAAGACUGACAUCCUUAAUGAGGAAGUCUAAAUGGUAUUUCUAGAUGAUGAGAUAGAUAAACAUUACUAAUUGAAAUCAUAAGGCAUUGUCAUAAAGAAAACAAUAGCAGAAAUUAUUCAGAAGAUCUUUUAGAGUCAUGCCUCUGGAAUCAAAUUCAGAGAAUGGAGAGCAGGAGGCUAAAUAGAUAAUUGUAUGUAAUCAGAAGGAUUCAACAUUUAAUUGAGUCUAGAUGAAUAGACUGGUUUUAUUGUUGGUGGAAAUUGGUUAAAUUGUUUGACAUGGAUGGAUAAAAUGGGUUCAUCAGAAAUUAAUAGAGGAAUUCCUGCUACUAGUAGAGAUGGAGCACCUAUUGAAUUGACUGCUCUUCUCAAAGUUUGCUUAGAUUUCGUUAGUCAUGCUCAUCCUCAUUAUCCUUUUGAUGGUGUUAUUUGUCCUAAUGGCAAGAAACUACUCUUCAAAGAAUGGUCCCAUUUCUUAGUCGCCAAUUUUGAAAGUUAUUACUACAUUCCAAAGUAACAUGAUCCAAAUUACCAAGAUUAUCAUAUUGUUGAAAAACAUGUUAGACAUCGACAAAUCUAUAAGGAUCUUGUCAAGUCUUCCAAGCCUAGAAAUGAAUACUAAUUAAGGUGCAAUGCCAGCAUAGCUAUUGGAUUAGCUCCUGAACUAUUCCACAAAGAAAAGGCCAAGUUCCAUCUCGCUGCUGUUGAAGCAUGUUUAUUAAGAGAGAAUUCAAUUGGUGUCAAGACUCUUGAUCCUGCUGCCUCAGAAUAUAUUCAUUUCUACGAUAACAGUGAUUCAUCUCAAAUCUUCAAUGUAUCUCAUGGAUUCUCUUAUCACAAUGGACCAGAGUGGGUUUGGGUUUAUGGAUAUUUUUUAAAAGCCUUAGUAGUUAUUCAUGGCAAAGAGCAUAUCAAUAGAACUCUAUUUUAUUCUUAUUUAUCAAACCACAAAAUGACUCUGCAUCAAAAUGAAUGGUAAUGCUAGUACUCCUUGCCAGAAAUGACCAAUGGAAAUGGAGAAUACAAUGUGUUUUCAUGUAGAGCUUAGGCUUGGUCAAUCGCAUGCAUCUUAGAAGCUAUCAGUGAAUAUGAAUGA